UUGUUAUUGCCCGAUUAUCUUUCAACCGCGCUGCUUGUGUGUGCUCGCUUUCCAUUCGAAAAAACAUCAACUCAAAAUAUGGAUAUUUGAUAGGCAGAAGUAAUUACCUAUUUGUUUGGGAAAUAUUCAACGGUAUUUGGAUGUUUUAGUUACUCGAUGACAGGUUCACCGCACGUUUUUUUCAUUCUAUUCGGAACUGUUGUUGUUUUAACGAAGCACACCUAAAAAAUACAAAACCACUCACACACACGCGAAACAUACACACGGUUGUGAUUUGGCGCGCUCUUGUGUGCGUGUGUACAUACAACAAAAAGCAAAAAGCAACGAAUUUCGGUGUGCAAAGAAACAUAAAUCGGCAAGCGAGGAAAUCGGAAAGCCAAGAAACCAAAAAACCAAAACAGUGCAAGUUACAGUAUUCCCAAAAUCGAGAAAAAACAAAAAUUCCUUUUUGAUUUACAAGAUUUUCAUCUGCGCGGGUGCAUGUGUGUGUGUGUGUAACAUCAACAAAUACCAGUGCACGGCCAAGAAAGAAGAAGAGAACCAGCGCGAAGCAGAAGAAGAAAGAUGAUGUAAACUUUGUUGUAACCAAAAGAAAAAAGAAUAACAUAAAAAACGAGUGAAGCAGAGAACAGAGCUAAACGGGAAAAAUUGUGGCAGUGCUUCGAAUUCUUCCAGUCUUCGAGUGAUUUUUUUGGGAGCUCUUCAAAAUGCCAGAAACGGAGCACGAGAUCUGCAGCAAGGAGUGGCUGCAGUCGCAGCUGCGAUCCCUGGACUCCAAGGACCUGAUCCUGUUGGACUGCCGCGGCUCGCACGAGUACAGUGAGUCGCACAUCCGCGGAGCCGUCAACCUCUGCAUACCCAGCAUCGUCCUUCGUCGUCUGGCGGUUGGCAAAAUCGAUCUGGCCUCCACGAUCAAGUCGCCCGAGCUGAAGCAGCGCAUCCAGUCGGGCUACAAGCUCUGCUGGUUCAUCCUCUACAACGGCGAGGGCGUGCCCGGCCAGAAUCAGGAGAUCGCCGGAGCCGGAUCCCUGGCCGUCGCCAUGGACUCCAUCAUCAGCAUCCUGCACCGCCGCCUCAAGCAGGACGGCUGCCGCGUGGUUGCCCUACAAGAUGGCUUCAACAAUUUUCGCCAGGCAUUUCCGGAAUGGUGCGAGGACGAUAAUCAGACGCACAACAAAGAGAUCGAAUCUAGUCGCAAUGUUCAGACCGAUCAGCUAAUGGGUCUUAGGUCCCUGCGCAUUUCCACAACGCAAUCUGAUUCCGCGUGCAGCAGUUCGGCGGAAUCGUCGGAUUGCGAGAGCUCCAGCCACCAUCACCACCACCAGAGUCACCACAAUUACAACGAGGCGCCCGUGGAGAUAAUCCCUGGACUGCUCUUCCUGGGAAAUGCCACGCACAGCUGCGACUCGGAAGCGUUGAAAAAGUACAAUAUAAAGUAUGUUUUGAAUGUGACACCAGAUUUGCCAAAUAAGUUUAAGGAGUCGGGCGACAUCAAGUAUCUGCAGAUUCCGAUCACGGAUCACUACUCACAAGAUUUGGCCAUACAUUUCCCGGAUGCCAUACAGUUUAUAGAGGAAGCGCGGUCCGCAAGCUCGGUGGUGCUGGUCCACUGCCUGGCCGGAGUUUCGCGCUCGGUGACCGUGACGCUCGCCUACUUGAUGCACACGCGGGGCCUGAGUCUCAACGACGCCUUUGCGAUGGUGCGGGACCGGAAACCGGAUGUGUCGCCCAACUUUCACUUCAUGCAGCAGCUGCUGUCCUUCGAGACCCAACUGCGCCUGAGACCCGGCUCCAGGUUCUCGUGCAGCUGCAUCGCGCCGGACUGCAAUUGCAUGCAGACCACGGGCUUCAUGGCCGCCCAUCUGGCGAAUGCUACCGGGGUCUCGCCAGACUCUGGCAUCGAGUUCGACCGCUGGACCCCGUCGGACACGGGUCUUAAAUGAGAACAGAGUGGCGGUAAGAGUUUCGUGCUGCCACCAAGUCAGGAGAUCCCAGUUGCAGCCGCCGCCACAUCGCCGCCCAUGUGCCUGGCGGUAAACCCGGACAACAUGUCUCCAGCCAGCACCACCAGUUCGUCCACGUCGACCACGACCACCGCGGAGGCGGUUUCCGUGGUGGAGAUGGUGCAGCAUCGCGAUCAGGAGAUGGCCGAAGAGGACAUCAUAACCAGGGGAGAGUACGAUGAGGAUGCGGCCUGAAUGACGAAGCUUUUCCUAACUUGGUUCUCGCGCAAAACACCCGUAGAAACAACACAUACAUAUGAGCCGCUUAUUAAAUAGGGGUACGAAUUCAAACUUUAAUAAAUGUACAAAGUCUUGGAGAAACGCCCAACGUACACAUAUUGAUUAAUACCACGUAAAUAACUUAAUGUUUAGUACAUUUUUAAGUAAAGUGCAGACAAAAUCCAACGUUAUCCACACGCAACCAACUAUGCAACUAUACGAAAAAGAAUGAGAAAUAAAAUAUAUAAAAUAUAUUUAUAUAUACGCAGUGUACAUGUUUGUAUCUAACUCCUACGCCAAGUCAAGAGAAUAAAUAUAUUGAAGCCGAAACGAAAAUAAACAAUUAAACUGAGAGCAGUGUUUCUAGGCAUAUAGUUUUAGUUUUAGUUUUAAAUUUUACUAAACUCGAAAUCGUUUAUAAAUGUAAAGUUUGUUAUAUUAGGAGCGAUUGGCCGCGAUAGGCGCUCCCUAAUAUAAAUAUACUACCAAUUAAUUACCGAAUGCCAAGUCAUAUAAGUGUAAAGUGAACUAAAAUCCCGAAUAUCGAAGAAUUUUUAAAAUCGAAAACAAAAGAAAGAUGAACACUCAAACAAAGAAAAUAAAUACAACCAUUUGCACAACACAAAUAACCACACAAAAAAGAACAUUUGCCAAAAGCAAAACAUUUUUUUAUUGUUUUUAUUAGGGGUGAUCUGAAAUAUCGAUAAGCAGAUUUUAGCAAGGUUUGAGAAUUUGUCUAGAUUAUAGGGAAAACCGAUUAAUCGCAUAAAGUUAUUUUCUACAAACGACAUGUUAAAGUUGGAGAACAGCGAGAUGGAAAUAAAUUAAGAGAUUCAUUUGUUAUGUAAUGGAUAGCAAAAUAAAGUUGUAUGUGUGUCAGCUGUUUUCCAGUCAGGCAAAGUUGGUACAAAAUUUUAUCAGGUGACAUUUCAAGAAACAAAAAAUACGAACCAAACUGCAUCUGAAUAAUGGUUUAUAUGUAAAAGAAACAAAAAGAAAAUGAAAAACUAAAAUAGUCCCAGAAACUUUUUUGGAAAAAUAAGGCUGUGCGCGAUAUAAAAACAAUAUAUAUAUUAUAACGAGUGUUGAGAAUUCGAAGAAAACGGUUGAAAUGCCAGAUAGGAUUGGUUAGUUGGAUUUAUAAGAUCGUGAACAACUCUCCUUGGCCCAAGGCUAGGAUUGGUUUCCAGCCGCAGCUGCUCGACUGAUUCGAUUUGAUAAGGAUGGCGAAACGGUGAUGUGUGGUAAGUGAAAGUCAGAAUAUUCUAAAUUUUAAAGCUCAGGAACGAAGGGUUGCAAGAUGUUUUGGGAGGUAUACCAUAGAACCCAAGCUGGGUUGGUAUUAAAAAAUAGACGAGUGCUAAGUCGCACAACAUUCCAUAGAAAUCAUGUCCACUUUGAGCCGUUUUUAUUGUAAGGCAACCUUAAGUUUCAAAUGGGGACAAGUUUUGAUUAGAAAAAAGCAGCUUUGUUAAAAGCAAACGAAUGAGUUUUGAUUAG